AUGAAACGUUUGCAACCAAAUUGCCCAGCUCAGCGAACAAGCCAGCGACCAGCUUAUUCGGAAUGCGGACAAAACUUUUUACGCGCAGCGCGUGCGGGCAAUUUAUCCAAAGUGCUCGAUUUGCUUAACAAAAGUGCGGUGGACAUUCACUCAUGCAACACGAAUGGUUUGAACGCCUUACACCUGGCCUCAAAGGAAGGACACGUGGAAGUUGUCCGAGAACUACUGAGCCGUGGCGCAGAUCCAAAUCGUGCAACCAAGAAGGGCAAUACAGCUCUGCACAUUGCAAGCCUGGCUGGACAGUUCGAAGUGGUCAAAAUGCUUCUUGAUGCCGGUGCAAGUGUUAACACUCAGGCGCAGCUUAAAUCUGAUACAGAAAAGGCGGAGAGUGAACAAAAUAGGUCUUACAAAGACCUCGUUAAUUUCAUGGAGAAGAAUGGUUUCACUCCGCUCUACAUGGCCGCUCAAGAAAAUCACUUAGAAGUCGUCAAGUUGUUGCUCUCCAAGGAGGCGAAUCCAGCCCUGACCACCGACGAUGGCUUUACCCCUUUGGCAGUUGCCCUACAACAAGGCCAUGACCGGAUUGUAGCCCUAUUGCUGGAGAACGACUCAAGAGGCAAAGUCUGUUUGCCUGCUUUGCAUAUUGCAGCCAAAAAAGACGAUGUGAAAGCGGCCAAUUUGCUACUGAACAGUGAUGUGAACGUUGAUCACCAGUCAGCGAGUGGCUUCACUCCUUUGCACAUUGCUGCACACUACGGUAACGUGAACAUGACCGAACUGCUCAUUGCGAGAGGUGCCAAUAUCAAUUUCCAAGCCAAGAACAACAUCACACCUCUGCACGUGGCGUGCAAGUGGGGCAAUCAUGGUGUGGCUGAGCGGUUGAUCGCAGCCGGUGCGGAACUGGACUGUCGUACUCGUGAUGGUCUCACCCCACUCCAUUGUGCCGCUCGAUCUGGUCACGACACCGUGGUACAUUUGUUACUCAGCUCGAAUGCGACGGUUAACGCCAAAACUAAAAGCGGGUUAAAUGCCCUACACAUGACCGCACAAGGUGACCAUGUUGACGCCGCUCGAAUAUUAUUGCAACGAGGACUUCCGUUGGACGAGGUUACCAUUGACUAUUUGACCGCUCUACAUGUGGCCUCGCAUUGUGGUAACGUCCAAAUGGCCAAACUACUGCUGGAGAGAGGGUGUGAUGUAAACGCACGCGCAUUGAAUGGUUUUACUCCGCUACACAUUGCUUGUCAAAAGAAUCGAAUAAAAAUUGUCGAGCUGCUUCUUAAGUUUAACUGUAUGCUGGAAGCCACAACAGAAUCGGGUUUGACCCCACUUCAUGUGGCCUCAUUCAUGGGGCAUAUCAGCAUUGUUGUCCUCCUGCUCCAACAUGGUGCGAACCCGAAUGCGCCAACCAUACGAAGUGAGACGGCGUUACAUUUGGCCACACGGGCAGGGCAGACGGAAGUGGCCCGAUUGCUGCUCCGCAACGGAGCCCUGGUAGACGGUCGAGCAAGAGGUCAUCAAACCGCGUUGCAUAUCGCUGCCAGAAUGGGUAACGUUGAGCUUGUCACCGUGUUGCUGGAACAUUCGGCCCACGUACAAGCGGCCACAAAAGACACCUACACUCCACUUCACUUGGCCGCCAAAGGGAACUAUACAGACGUGUGUCAGCUGUUACUGAAUUCCGGCGCUCAGUUGGAGACUAUCACAAGGUCCGGAUUCACUCCGCUUCACUUAGCCAUCAAAAAUUCUAGUCUGGAGACUGCCAGACUACUUUUGUCUCACGGAGCUGACGUGAACUCGUCAGGCAGGAAUGGUCUUACACCACUCCACUUGGCCACUCACUACGGAUCGCUGGUGCUUGUUCAAGAUUUGCUUGAACACAGGGCUGAUCCUCUGGCUCAGGCAAAGAAUGGCUUCACUCCACUGCACAUUGCGGCCGAGAAGCGUUUCAUCGAUAUCGCUAAAUUGCUGCUUAGCAAUGUGGAUCGUGCGAAGGCAUGUAAUAUGGAAUCACGGAAUGGCUUCACUCCAUUGCACCUGGCCUGUCAGGAUGGGAGUGUGGCGAUGAACAAACUUCUUUUGGCCUCGGGCGCUCAGGUCAACUCCAGAGCAAAGUCCGGAUUCACUCCGCUUCACUUAGCCAUCAAAAAUUCUAGUCUGGAGACUGCCAGACUACUUUUGUCUCACGGAGCUGACGUGAACUCGUCAGGCAGGAAUGGUCUUACACCACUCCACUUGGCCACUCACUACGGAUCGCUGGUGCUUGUUCAAGAUUUGCUUGAACACAGGGCUGAUCCUCUGGCUCAGGCAAAGAAUGGCUUCACUCCACUGCACAUUGCGGCCGAGAAGCGUUUCAUCGAUAUCGCUAAAUUGCUGCUUAGCAAUGUGGAUCGUGCGAAGGCAUGCAAUAUGGAAUCACGGAAUGGCUUCACUCCAUUGCACCUGGCCUGUCAGGAUGGGAGUGUGGCGAUGAACAAACUUCUUUUGGCCUCGGGCGCUCAGGUCAACUCCAGAGCAAAGAAUGGAUUGACACCGAUGCACUUGGCUGCUCAAGAGGACAGUCACGAAGCUGCCAUUCUCCUUUAUGAUGCUGGAUCCGAACUGGAUGCGAAAACCAAGGCUGGCUACACGCCCUUACAUACCGCAUGUCACUUUGGACAGGCGAAUAUGGUCCGUUUCCUCCUCGGCAAACGAGUCGAUGUGAACGCACAAACCUGUAUGGGCUCGAAUGCUCUUCAUUUGGCGGCUCAGCAGGGUCACGCCAAAGUUGUCUACAUCUUGCUGGAAAGUGGAGCCAACCCAAAUAUGCGAAACAAGUACAACUGGACACCAGCUCACGUGGCUCGUCGUCAACACUAUCUGAAUAUUUUUGAGGUGCUCCGUCAGGUGACUACCUGUGUAGAAUCCUGGGAAGUAGAAGAUGAGAUGAUGGGGUCACCGGCUAUGGAACUGGACUCAGGGAAAGGUCAACUCCAAGCCCCAGGCUCACGCCAUCUCCUCGAAUUGCCCGAUGUUAUGGGAGACCAUCCUGCGACGGACACAGAAGAGGAAUGUAUUGAACCGGACUACACUAUCGUUCCGUCCUCACCACUGUUCUCCCGUUCCGCCGGUCUGACGCAAACCAACCGAUACUCACAGGGAUCACACGGUUCUCACUUAGCUUUCCGGCCAGCCUAUCAUGGUACAAAUGGGUUUAGUCGGAGUGCCCUGGACAAAAUGUCCACCAUGUCUGGCGAAGACAGUAUACAUGAACAUCCGCCUGUGGAGAAUGGACCUCACGGAAGAAUGGCCAAUGGACUGCGAGAGCAAAAUUGGUGUGUACAGGAAAUCAGUCGGGAAUUCGCGGAACUUGGACCAGGCACAACUCCCGAUGCUACAAAUGAUUGGGACUUUAUUCCAGAUAAUGUGCCCAUAGCCCGGAAGCCAAUUACCUCUGGAUUUUUGGUCUCGUUCUUGGUCGAUGCCCGCGGUGGUUCCAUGCGUGGCAGCCGACACCCUGGUCUCCGUAUCCUUGUCCCACCCAGUUCUGCCAGUGCCCCCACACGCAUCACAUGUCGUAUGCUCAGACCAGAACGUACGACACGACCUCCUCAGCUGAAUGACUCUGAAGGGCUCGCGUGCCGCAUCAUCGAACUGGGCCCGCAUCCGUGCUCAUUCAACACACCGGUGCUACUGGAAAUCCCACAUUUCGCUUCCCUUCGUGGUCGUCAGCGAGAGUUGGUCGUCCUACGCAGUGACAAUGCAGAGACUUGGCGCGAACAUUCCCUGGAGGCCACCGAUCAAGCCGUGCAGUCCGCACUGGGACAAAACUUUGACUCACUAGAAACAAUGGAAGAAUUGCGUGAGAAGCGUAUCAUUCGCAUUCUGACCAACGAUUUUCCCCAAUACUUGGCUGUGGUGAGUCGACUUCGCCAGGAAACCGCACUGAUUGGUUCGGAUGGUGGAGUUCUCAGUUCCACAGUUGUGCCACAAGUACAGGCAGUAUUCCCCGAGGGUGCGUUGCAAAAACGGAUUCGAGUGGGACUUCAGGCGCACCCAAUCCCGGCUGAUAUGGUUUCUCGUUUACUUGGAAACCGUGUGGCUGUUUCACCGAUCGUUACGCUGGAGCCAAGACGUCGCAAAUUCCAUAAACCAAUCACCCUAACUAUUCCGCUACCCAAGACUGCCCUACGUGGUAUGAUCAACCCAAGCGGCGGAGACCCGAAAUCUCAGAACGCUCCCACUCUUCGCCUUUUGUGCAGUAUCACUGGGGGCACACUUCCAGCUCAGUGGGAGGAUAUCACCGGAUCAACCCCGCUGUCCAAGGUCAAAGAUUGCGUUUCAUUCACAACCACAGUAUCGGCAAGAUUCUGGCUCAUGGACUGUCAACCGGUACACGAUUCCACCGAAAUGGCCGGACACCUGUACCGCGAAGCUAGCCUUGUGCCAUAUAUGGGUAAAUUCGUCGUGUUCACCAAACGAUUGGAUUCUGAAGAGGCUUUGAUUCGUUGCUUCUGCGUCACGGAUGAUAAGGUGGACAAGACACUGGAAUGCCAAGAAGGGUUCGAAGUUUGCGCAGCAUCGCCAGAGGUCGAGGUAGUUGAAGGCCGUCCAGCUUGGCUAGAGGCUGCGGGCAACCUGCACCCAGUGGCUAAGUCGGGCGAGCAGCUGAACUUGCAUUUCAACGCAUUCCGCGAAAACCGCCUGGCCUUCCCUGUUCGUGUUCGAGAUUUACAGUCGGAGCCCACGGGUAAACUGGCAUUCAUGCGUGAACCGAGAUCUUCAGCUGCUGCAAAUGCUGCUUCGGAGUCAGCGCGAUCAGAUGCUACGCCACAACGUCCAAUUUGCACACUGGAAGUUAACUUGGGAUCAGUUCACGCGUCACGUGCUGCCAACUCUACCAUGGCUGACAUGGGUCUCUUGUCGCUCUCUGAUCAACUGAACACAUCUGCCGCGGCUUCAAUGCAGUCCAUACCCUGUGUCUUCCCACAGUACCAUCCAGACGCUGCCGGUGCCGAUGAACAUGGUGGGUUUGUCGGUGACAGCCGAUGGGCUGCUGUCUAUUCCUCGGAUAUAAUCGCGCGCAGUCAACUCGAUCUUCUACACGUAGCGAGUGAGGUUGGCGCCGACUGGCCGAAGCUUGUUGGCGUUCUGUUACCUGAGUCUCAUUUGGGUCCGUCAUGCACCGUAGAACAGCUGGUGGACUGGAUCACGCAGAACGAAGCACGUUGGCAGGAAGCGCGAAUAGCCGCAGGUGGUGAUGGUACAGAUGGUUUUGGAGGCGUGACUGCGGCAGAGUUGCGCACCGAUCGGGACCAGGCUCUGGCCGUAUUGUUGGCCUGGAAAGAGCAACGUGGUGACUUGGCAACAGGAAACGAGCUUGAAAAAGCUCUCCGGGCGAUUGGUCGCACCGAUGUGGUCAAGUCUUGUAUGCGGGAUAUUCAAUGCGUCAUGGAGGAAGAUGAACACAGAGAAGCUACCAAACGAAUUGAUGAGAAGUGGCCUCGUGAGCCUGUGGAACAUAGUACAUCUGCUUAACCUCCGUCUACCUCAGUCGCAGGGACAACAACGCUCAUGUCUGGGAUGGAAGAUAUGGCUGUAGGCCAGUAUGGAGCUACUCCGACAGUGGGAGACAAAACACAACCGAAGGCAUCCAGCGAAAAACAAGGGGCAUCUUCGAGUGCUGAGGAGUCGGUUGUCCAGGAGGUUACUACGGGAGUUGCUCAAGAAUUUCCAAUGUCCGAAGAAACUUCCGGACAAGAUGAACCGGAACAAGAAGCCGAAGAUGUCGCAUUAGAAGGUUUGGAAUCUGGUACACCUCCGGCAAGCAGUACGAGUCAACAAGGUGGUGAUCCUCUACUCGUUCACGCCGCACAUGAACCCCUUCCGACAGACGACGGUCCGGAUAUGGUCCGUGACAGUGAAUCAAUGACAGCAAGUUUUGAUGGAACAACAGGAACGGAUGAUGGAGGACGUGCAGUGGGUGAAAAAGAGGAGAAACCUGGUAAUUCUUUUGCUCCCGGUUUCCUCCACGAAGAUUUUCACGAUGAAGGUUUAGAGCCAGCCACUGCUUCUGUUGAAGGUGAAACCUCCGCCAGUGCCGAACUGGAAGAAUUUCCAAAAGAGCGAGGCACAAUGGAACCUGGGGAUGAACAAAGAUUGGCUGAUGCCCACCACGCAGGUGGCGAGGGACCAUCCUCAGAUCAGUUGUCUGCACCAGUAAAAUAUUUCAGUGAAGAGACUACCGAGUUAGUCGAAGAGGGUGUGGCCGGAGAACUGGCGGAACAAAACGCCGGCGUUUCGGAAACCCAACAGCCAUUGGUUUUCACCGCCCAUCACGGGGUGUCUUCGGAGCAUUUAGAUCAACAAUGAUCCUGUUCACGCGCCCUUUAUCUAACUUGAGCACCUAACUUGGCGAACCAAUUAUCUAGUCCAUUCUGGAAACGCAUUCACGCUCCGCUGAUGUUUUAUUCCUUCUUUUUUCUAUCCAGUUUACCUCCUCAUCACUCGCAAGUGUUUUCUUGCUUUUCUACGUGUUGUCUGCUUGUACGUGACCAAUGAUCGCCGCUUUUUCAUGUGAUUUUCUAACCGCCUAUCAGAAAACUGCAUUCAGUCAAUUUCGAUUAAGAUCACACCUCCCGAUGAAUUUUACUCAUUGCCUUACGUCUUUUUGUCCACCACUGCUGCCACAUCAUUGACCAUUGGUCACUCAUUGCUAGAAGACAAUGUGCUGCUCCCCUCCCCACCUGUCCCUCUCUCUCUCUCUCCGUUCAGGCUUUCACCUAUAAUUUUCGGCUUUUAUCUCGGCCGCAUUUUUCACGAGUAACUUUUCGAUCCAGUCAGCCAACAUUUCGCCUACUUGUGUUGUUUUGUCCAAUUUCGUGCGCUGUCUCACUUCUUUGAAAUUGUGUGUGUGUGUUUGUGUGUUACGAUACGAACCCUGUUCGUAUUCAUCCGAACUGCCGAAUAGCGCUUCUUAAUUUCGUCAACAACAGUUUACUACUUCAUGCAUUUUAUUCACCUGUCAUCCUGUGUUUCUCCCCCAUCGUGUUUGUGAUUUUGCUGCCCAGAAUAAUGAUGAUAUUAUUACGUUCUAUUCCUG